AUGGCUGGUGCGUCAAAGGAAAAGAAGCAGCAGUCAUUGACUAGCUUCUUUACUCCCAAGAGCGUCAAUGGUUUGAAUGCACACGUCCAACGAACACUGAGCCAGAGCUCGCCGGCCAGUGACGGAAACGAAAACAAAGACAAGGAAACGCCUACGGGAUCCAAGAAACGACCACUACAGCGAAAUACCGACGACGGAAAUGAGACCCCGACGAAGCGUUCCAAGAAUGACGAAGAUAAUGACAAAAGCGCCUUCUUUUCAAAGUCACCUCAAAAGUCACCAGUGGUGACCAAGACGGAUGCCGGGCCCAUUGCGCGGACGCAGCGGUAUCUAUACAACGGCUCGAGCCAAGACGGCGCUGCGCUGGAAGCAGUUGCCGAGAACGAAGAUGCUGUCGAGAAGCGAAGGAAAGCCGACCUCCAUCAAAAGUUUGUCAAGAAGCUAGGCAAGCCCGAUAGCAUGGCACAGCUUCGGCGCCGUAACUUUUCGGCCGAGGACGAAACGCAAGGAGGCGAAGGCGAAGACGCCGAUGAUGUUGAAGACGACGAGCCACCACCGCCCCCGAAAGGCAAGAAGAAGGGCGCCAAGACCGGAAAGCUUACCCCAAUGGAGAUACAAUUCCUAGACAUCAAGAGGAAGAACAUGGACACUCUGCUGGUGAUGGAAGUAGGAUACAAAUUCAGAUUCUUUGGCGAAGACGCCCGGAUAGCUGCCAAGGAGCUGAGCAUUGUGUGCAUACCGGGCAAGUUCCGCUACGAUGAACAUCCCUCUGAGGCUCAUCUUGAUCGUUUUGCAUCGGCCAGCAUACCGGUCCACAGAUUGCCCGUCCAUGUGAAGCGGCUGGUUGCUGCCGGCCACAAGGUUGGUGUGGUGAGGCAGAUUGAAACGGCUGCUCUGAAGAAGGCAGGCGACAACCGAAACGCUCCAUUCGUCAGAAAACUCACCAACGUCUACACCAAGGGCACUUAUGUGGACGAGAUCGGCGAGCUAGAACAGCAAUCAGACUCGGGAGCACCGGCAGCUGGUUACCUACUCUGCAUCACAGAGUCGAAAGCAAAGGGCUGGGGUACAGAUGAAAAGGUUGAUGUUGGCAUCAUUGCAGUGCAACCAGCUACGGGCGAUAUCAUAUACGACAACUUUGAGGAUGGAUUCAUGAGGAACGAGAUUGAAACAAGACUACUCCACAUCUCCCCAUGCGAGUUUCUCAUUGUUGGCGAACUCACAAAAGCUACCGACAAGCUAGUCCAGCAUCUCUCCGGGAGUAGCACCAAUGUCUUUGGCGACAGAAGUCGGGUGGAACGGAUCUCCAAGUCCAAGACCAUUGCUGCCGAAGCAUAUUCCCAUGUCACACAAUUUUAUGCCGGGAAACUAAAGGAGAACGCCGCAGGUAAUGAGCAUGCAAGCGCUUUGCUGGACAAGGUGCUCAAACUGCCAGAACCUGUGACUAUCUGUCUAUCGUCCAUGAUUAAUCACCUGAAGGAUUACGGUCUCGAACAUAUCUUUGACUUGACGAAAUACUUUACAUCAUUCAGCGCUCGCUCGCACAUGUUGGUCAACGGUACCACAUUGGAGAGUCUCGAGGUUUACCGGAACCAGACCGACCAUGUAGAGAAAGGCAGUCUGUUCUGGGCACUCGACAAGACCCAGACACGGUUCGGGCAACGUCUGCUUCGAAAGUGGAUAGGCCGCCCACUGCUGGACCAAGCACGGUUGGAAGAGCGCGUUGCUGCAGUAGAAGAACUUUUGGCAAAGGCGUCGACGCCUAGUGUGGACCAGCUCGAGAACCUCUUGAUAAACACCAAGACUGACCUGGAGAGGAGCCUCAUCAGGAUAUACUAUGGCAAGUGUUCUCGGCCCGAACUUCUCGCUUCCCUUCAAGCACUCCAAAAGAUUUCGACCGAGUUUUCUCGAGUCAAAUCGGCAGCAGACAGCGGCUUUGAUUCGUCGGCAAUCAGCGGCGCUGUCCUCUCUUUGCCGCAGAUUCUGCCCAUGGUGCUUUCGUACCUGGAACGGAUCAAUGCCGAGGCGGCCCGAAAGGACGACAAGUAUGCAUUCUUUCGUGAAAAUGAGGAAACAGAGGAUAUUACCGACCACAAACUUGGCAUUGCCUCUGUUGAGCAAGAACUCGAUGCUCAUCGCAAAGUCGCCGCACAAAAGCUCAACAAGAAAACUCCAGUCACAUAUGUCACCGUGGCAGGAAUCGAGUACCUCAUCGAGGUCUCAAAUACAGACUUGAAGCAUGUGCCGGCAUCGUGGGUCAAGAUUUCUGGCACCAAGAAGCUCAGUCGCUUCCAUACCCCAGAGGUUGUGCGACUCAUCACCGAGCGCGACCAACACAAGGAAUCCCUUGCUGCUGCAUGUGACGCGGCUUUUGCAGAACUUCUUGCGUCCAUUGCUUCCGACUAUCAACCUCUGCGUGAUGCUGUGUCGGCCCUGGCUACCCUCGACUGUCUGCUCUCGCUCUCCAAGGUUGCCGCCCUGCCAGGCUACAGCAAACCCGUCUUCUUGCCAGCCGAUUCUGCUCCGACUGUGACCAUCACCUCUGGCCGGCACCCUAUUGCAGAGCACACUCUGAUGACGUCGUACAUCCCCUUCACCACGACGCUCUCCUCGGCUCCUCAGACUUCAUCAGACUCCCCCGUGUCACCGGCCCAGCUCAUCACCGGCCCCAACAUGGGCGGCAAGUCGUCAUACGUCCGCGCCGUGGCACUACUCGUCCUCAUGGCGCAGAUCGGCUCCUUUGUGCCCGCCGAGGCCAUGUCCCUCACCCCGUGCGACGGCAUCUACACCCGCAUGGGCGCAUCCGACAAUAUCUUUAGCCACGAGUCCACCUUCAUGGUCGAGGUCAAUGAGACGGCGCAGAUCCUGCGCUCCGCUACUCCCCGCAGCCUCGUCAUUCUCGACGAGCUCGGUCGCGGUACGAGCACGCACGACGGCGCCGCCAUUGCCCAAGCUGUUCUGCAGCAUGUCGCCGAGGACAUUGGGUGCCUGACCCUCUUCAUCACCCACUAUCAGAAUCUGAGCCUCGUUGCCGACGGUAUCAAAGGUGGCAAGGUUCGAAACAUGCACAUGCGAUUUACCGCCACAAGACGUGGAGAAAUCGCCAAUGAUGCUGAUGACUGGGACGGGGAUGAGGAGAUCACUUUCCUGUAUGAGGUGGGCGAGGGCGUUGCUCAUCGCUCGUACGGUCUAAACGUGGCAAGGCUGGCCCGGAUUCCGGGCAAAGUCUUGGACGUGGCAGCCAAAAGGUCUAGAGAGUUGGAAGAGGAAAUCAAGGGGCGGCGGCUAAAUGGCACUGCAAAACUAUUAAUGGAUGUGCUAGACACUGGUGUCGAUCAGCUUGAUCACCUCAUUUCGAGCAUCGAACAAUUGUAG